AUGGCGGCGCGGGGGGGCUCGGUGCUGGAGCCGGGCUGGCUCCUCUCUCCCGCCGGCCGCCCCUACCUGGACUCCAUCCUCCAGAAAAAUCAGCGGAGAGUGUUCGGUCUGCUGGAGCACCCAGUGCUGCCCCCCCCCUUGGCAGCCCCCACCGUCACCUACAAACUCUUCCUCUCCGGCAAGAGCGGCGUCGGCAAGACGGCCUUGGUGGCCACGUUGGCGGGGACCCCCGUGCCCCCCGUCCACCACGAGACCCUGGGCAUAGAAGCCACCACCGUCUACUGGCCGGCCAAGCUGCGGGCCAGCGGCCGCCCCGUCAUCUUCCAGCUUCAUUUUUGGGAUUGCGGGGACGGCGCCCUGAAAAAAUUCGAGCAUCUCCUGCCCGCUUGUAAGGAGGAAGCGGAUGCCGUCCUCUUCCUCUUCUCCUUCACCGACCGCUCGUCCUUCGAGGAGCUGCCGGCUCAGAUGAGCCGGGUGGUCGGCCCCGACGAAGAAAACCUCGUUAGGGUGGUCGUCGGCACCAAAUUCGACCUGUCCCCUCAGGCGGAUGUGACGGAGGGGGACGUGACGGCCUUCGAGGGGACCUGGGGGCUGCGGGUGCUGCGAGCGGGCAGCGGGCCGGGGGCCGGGGCGGGGCGCGGGGGGCUGGCCAGGGUCGCCCCCCUCCUCGACGCCCUGGUCGAGAGGCUUUGGCGUCGAGACCAGAUCACCGCCGGCGUCGCCCCGGGGGGUGAGGGGUCCCCCCCUGCCUGA